AUGAGUACAUUGCCGUAAACGCAGCGCCGGCGGACCACGGUUUUGAGUGAUUUUCUAAGAAAUAAACAAAAAUGAGACUGGUUGUAGUGUUAGCGGUGGUGUUAUCAGUUUCAACUGCAGCUGAUUUUGAAUCAGAACAUGGAUCAAGGCAAAAGCGACAAGACGAUAGAUGGAUAUGGGGACCAUUUAAUGAUGCACCAGUUGUAAGAGCUCAGUCAGAACAAAUAACUGCUACAGAAGCACCUGCUCCUGCAAAAUCAAAUCCCUGUGACCCGUUUAAUCCUGUCAAACCUGAUUUUAGAGCUCCUGGACGAAGAAAAUCUGACGUCAAAUGUUUCGAAUACAUUUGGGAGAUGAAACGUCGAAAUGAUCAACAAGAAAGUCAAAAAAAAUGCCAAGACUACCUCGUAGAAUCGGGGAAGCUACCUUUCUUCAGACAUCUCGUGAUUGGAGGCAAAGAAACUUUGCCUGGAGAAUAUCCUCACAUGGGUGCCAUUGGCUGGAAGGCCAGCAUUGGGACGUGGAUCUUCAAAUGUGGGGGGUCUCUCAUCAGUGAGAAGUUUAUUCUGACCGCAGGCCAUUGCUCCAAGGCGUCUUCGAGGGACACCAGCAUAGCCGAUGUCGACCCAAAGAUCGUGAGGCUUGGGGACAAGAACAUUCUGGAUAUUAGCUACAACAACCUCGGACCAAGAGACUACAACAUCUCCCGGGUGAUAGUUCAUCCUCUAUACAAACCGCCGAAGAAGUACAACGACAUAGCUCUGAUCGAGUUAGCAACUCCUGUGGACUUCGACAAGUUCACCCAGCCAGCUUGUCUAUGGGGAAGACCAGAUCUUCAAGGAAUCAAUUCUGCUUUUGUGACUGGAUGGGGCGUUGUUGAAACAGCUGGUAAAACUACAUCUCCUGAACUGCAAGCAGCCUCAGUGGACUUGGUGGACUCCCAACAGUGCGACUCUCUGCUCCGGCCGUCUUGCAACAGACACUGGUGCGGCAUCCAGAAUCACCAGAUAUGCGCUGGGAAGCUGACUGGGGGAGUCGAUGCCUGUCAGGGAGAUUCCGGCGGUCCUCUUCAGUUGAAAGUCUCUCUUCCCAUCAAUGACCAAGGCUCCAUGAACCAAGUGAUAGGCGUGACGUCAUUCGGGAUAGGCUGCGGUCUUCCCAACUUGCCUGGGAUCUACACGAAGGUCUCCAGCUUUAUCGACUGGAUUGAGAACAUCGUGUGGCCGUGGUAUAAAUUAAUUCGAAAGUGUAUGUUAAAUGCAGUGCCUAAAUUAGUAUCGGUAGAGGAAGCUGACAGGAUGGAGUGGCCGGUUAUUAUAAUUUCGCUCCUCCUGCUCAUUAUGAGCAACAACAACGAAGCGUUACAGCUCCCGUUAACGACGCCGCCGCCUAAAGAGGAAACAAUACCGUUUAAAAUUCUACCAAUGAAUCCUUCCUUGGCGGAAAGAUUUGAGGAUACGGAGCAAAAUAAUGAAGACUACAAGGCCGAUGAUCCCUGCAACUACGACCGAGUCAACCACACACGACCUGAAAGCUCAAGAAAAGGCAAAAGAGUUAGCGAUAUCAAGUGCGAUGAAUACUCGUGGGACUACUGGACAAGAAUUAUUGAAUCUGAUAGGCGUGCGGAAGAGUGCAAGCAGAAGUUGAAAGACCCAUCUACAGUAUUUGGCGGUAUGGAUGCUAAAUAUGGAGACUUUCCACACAUGGGUGCUCUUUUUGGUAUCUCGAAAUCUAAUAAAACAGUGUUCGAGUGUGGCUGCUCCCUUAUCAGUUAUAAGUUCGCGCUAACCGCAGCGCACUGUGUAACAAUUAUGCAAUAUAGACCAUAUCGGAUACGGUUUGGAAAUACAUCAGGGAGUGAGGGUAAGGGGGUUUCGCUGGAUGUGGGCAUUAAAAAUAUUUUUAUACACCCUAACUAUAGUCAACCAUAUAAGUACUAUGAUAUAGCAUUAAUGGAGUUGGAGCGCGAGCUCAAGACUCAGGCGCAUAUUAGACCGGCUUGCGUCUGGAGCGGCGCCGUUGGUAAUAAAUGGGUGGCGAACAUCACUGGAUGGGGAAAAACAACACCAGAAUCAAAUUCGGCGUCAAACAAUCUUAAUUACGCAGAAAUCGAAAUCUGGGAGAAAGGCAGUUGCAACAAAUCAUUAAAAGGCCGACCUAACCGGCUCUGGAAAGAUGGCCUGAAAGACCACCAAUUUUGCGCCGGCAAACUGGGUGUCGAUACUUGUCAGGGAGACUCAGGAGGACCAAUUGGGAUCAGAAGGCCGUCUAAUUAUUAUGGCGAAUCUGGAUUCAUGCACCACGUGGUUGGUAUCACGAACUUCGGAAUAAAAUGUGGGACGAAGUUACCAGGAGUGUACACCAACGCAACCACGUUCUUAUGUUUCAUCGAGAAGACAGUGUGGCCUGAAGAGCCAAACGAAUUUUGUCCUUAAAGUUUAUUUUUGUCAGCACAUUUAAAUUUAAAUUAAUUUUAUUAGUAUAUUAGCCCUUUUUAUGGUAUUAUGACACCACUUCGGGACAGCUAUUAUCGGCUGGUGUUUGCUGCUGGUUAUUUAUUAUAUGGACUAUUUA